CCUCAGGGCCGGGCGGGGAGAGGGAGCAGCAGGAGCCAGUGCCGGUAGUGCCUUGUUCUCUGCUGCCGCCGCGGCGGACAACCAGGCCGGAGGGGGCUGCGCAGCCCGCUCCCCUCCCCGCCGCGCCUCCCCUCCAGGGACUCACCUCCUCGAUGGCCGCCACCGUGUUCCUGCACUGGGCCAUCCGGGUGGUGAAGUUGGAGGCAAAUAUAUUAAGUAAUUGAUGCAACUGAACAUAAUCAGCAGGCAAGACUGAGAACAGCCCCCCUGUAACACAGAGCAUGGUGCAUCUCCUUUGAGAGGGACACCUUUUCACAUCUGUACUGGUCAACUUUGUAGUGUGCCAACUGUUUGCCUUGCUUGCGGCUGUUUGGUUUCGAACAUACCUUCAUUCAAGCAAAACUAGCCCAUUUAUAAGACAUGUUGUUGCAACCCUCUUGGGCCUUUAUCUUGCACUUUUUUGUUUUGGAUGGUAUGCCUUACAUUUUGUUAUACAAAGUGGAAUUUCCUACUAUAUCAUGAUCAUAAUAGGAGUGGAGAAUAUGCACAAGUAUUGCUUUGUUUUUGCUUUGGGAUACCUCACUGUGUGCCAAAUUACUAGAGUCUAUAUCUUUGAUUACGGACAGUACUCCGCUGAUUUUUCUGGUCCAAUGAUGAUAAUUACACAGAAGAUCACUAGUUUGGCAUUUGAGAUUCAUGAUGGAAUGUUUCGAAAAAAUGAAGAUUUGACUCCAUCUCAGAGGUGCUUGGCUGUAAGACGCAUGCCAAGUCUACUGGAGUAUUUAAGUUACAACUGUAAUUUCAUGGGUAUCCUGGCAGGCCCGUUAUGCUCUUACAAAGACUAUAUUACUUUCAUUGAAGGCAGAUCAUACCAACUGCAACAGUCUGAAGCAAAUGGGAAGGAAGAUACCAAAUAUGAACAAACGGAUCCUUCCCCAAAUAUAGCUGUGGCACAGAAGCUCUUAAUCUGUGGACUGUCCUUACUCUUCCACAUGACAAUUACAGAAACUUUGCCUGUGGAAUACAACAUUGAUGACAACUUCAGAGCUACAGCUUCAUGGCCUGUAAGGUUUUUCUACCUGUACGUGUCUCUUAUGGCUGCCAGACCCAAGUAUUAUUUUGCAUGGACUUUAGCAGAUGCAAUUAAUAAUGCAGCAGGGUUUGGUUUUAGAGGCUAUGAUAAAAAUGGAGUGACACGCUGGGAUCUAAUAUCAAAUCUGAGAAUCCAGCAAAUAGAGUUUUCCACAAGUUUCAAGAUGUUUCUUGAUAACUGGAAUAUCCAAACAGCUCUUUGGCUUAAAAGAGUGUGCUACGAGCGCGCUGCCUUCAGCCCAACGAUCCAGACCUUCAUCCUUUCUGCCAUUUGGCACGGGGUUUACCCAGGAUAUUACUUAACAUUCUUAACAGGAGUACUAAUGACGCUAGCAGCACGAGCUAUAAGAAACAAUAUCAGACAUUAUUUUGUUGACUCUCCUGCUGUUAAACUAUGUUAUGAUAUUGUAACGUGGAUGGCAACUCAAGUAGCAAUAAGUUACACAGUUGUGCCGUUUGUACUGCUCUCUGUAAAACCUUCUAUCACCUUUUACAGCUCCUGCUAUUUCUGUCUUCAUAUUGCCAGCAUCCUGGUGUUGUUGGUAUUUCCACUGAAAAGAACUCAAAAAGGAAGUAAAAGGCAUGAAAGCGUCCAGCCCAUAUGGUCCAAAAAACUAGAAGAAGAAAAUCUUUUGCAAAAGAACAGUUAUUCCACAACAAAUAAUAGUUUCAGUCAAAAGCAAGAAAUAACCUGCAGAUAUCAAGCAUUGAAACAGUGAUUGAGGAAAUACUAUGAUGAAUAUAUUUUAUAUGUUUUCAGAAACCCAUUUUUAGCACCUUUUAAAGGGGUUUGUAUUUGUUUGCAAAGAUGUUUAGUAAGAAAAGAAUGCAUUACCUACCUAGGAAAAUCACAUACAAUAGCAAGACUGGAAACAAAACAAAUUAACCCCUCCCAUGCCAUGUCCCUGUGGGUCACGCCUUAUAUGAAGAUAUUACCAUUAUUUCAAUGGGCACUCAGGACUUGCAACGUAUGUCCAUAGGGUCAUAUGUGUGCCCUUUGCUGAAUGUACGUUGUAUCCCAAGGCACUGAUGGGGUGGAAUAAAAUUGUGUCAAUCUAGGAUUAACAAAUGGAAAUGGAUUUUUUCCAAAUGAAUGACUUGCCUUAAACCCUCUAUUUACUGAAAUAUUGUUUCUAAGUGGGUAUUUUCAAGUUUGGUUUUAUGUAAAAAGCAUAUUUCAAAUAUAUAAUACUAUAUGCUAUAAAGAAGAUAAAAAUAGGAAAUGCAAAGUCAUUAGAAGGCUUUUGAUCUUCAAAAGGGAAUUGCAAUAAGCAUCUCAGUAUUUGGAGGGUUUUCUUAAAGUAUCUCAAACUAUUACAGUACAUUACAGAACUGUAAACUUUACUGAUGCCAAAUUAUAGUUAGGUUUCUUUGAUAAAGAGUAUAAUUACACAUAGCCCUUCUGAAUCGAUUAACGAAAUAUAAAACACCUAAAGGUUGACCUUUUCUAGGGCUUGAUGGCCCUAAUUUAGGUUUCUUUUACUUUGAAGCACCUAAACCCAAUAAAACACUGCCAGAUGGGCUUUGCUGCUAGAGAAGGCAGAUGUAGGACACAGAACCCAACGUGCAAGCACCAGGAUUUCAAUGGAAGUGUGUUUUUACUCUUAAAUACCAGAAAUACUUGUUCUAGCAUAGAACUGUUUUACAAAACAUGAUUUUAAAUACUUAUUUUCAGUCUUCAGGCAUACAACAGUUAUUUGAUGCUUUCUGUAUAAUGCAGUGAAAUUACCUUGAGCCCUAGUGCAAACAUGGUCAAACAUGAAAUUGCUAUAAUAACCAGUUUCUGUAUGCUUGAUAAUUGAUUGCCCUUUAUCCAAAGAAGUAUAUGAAUUUGAGGAAAAGCUUUUUCUUCAAAUUAGAAUUUUAGAUGCAAAGUUCACAUCUCAUUUGUCAGUGAUGUUAUAAAAGAAAGAAAUCCUUUAGAACAGCUGAUGUACUGAAUUAUGACAGUGUGUCAAGGGAAUAAUUCAGUGGUUAUAUCUAUUCCAGACCAUUUAUUGUGACGGUGGUCCCUGCUAGAGUACUACUGUUAAAGGGCUACAUUUUAAUUCCUUGUAUUCUGUAUUUUCAUAUAAUUUUUUUAAGUAAACACAAACUGUUUAUCUACAUGGGUUUUUUCUUUUAGCUUUAAAACUGACACAAAAUACUACCAGAUAAUUCAGCUUGUUGAUUAAUAACCUACAAAUGAACAAGGAGAAAAAUUUUGUCAUAUUUUGAACCUUAAAGCUUUCAUCAAGUAUCUGGCACUAGUGGGGUCAAUAUUCUUAGUACCAGAAGUCCAAUGAUGGUCCUCAAAUUUGGGGAUAUUACCAUGCAAAAGAGUCGCAGUACUUCUGGCUUACUCUCUCAAGAACCAGAUCCGAAGUCAGGUCUGAGUUCUUUGUUGUGCUAGUUCUUUGUCUGGCCUUUGGCCUAAAACUCCAGGAGGAUAACAUACUUUUUCCGUAAGUAUAGGUUAGCGCUAAUUAACCUACACAAUUAGAAAGGGGGAGCUAAAUAUGAGAGUGGAUGAGUCUGUUCAGAUGAGUAGGGAUGUUUGUUGUUUCAGUGACAGCCGUGUUAUCUCUAAAAUGAAAUAAUCUGACUCCUAAA